UUAUUAUGCUGGCUGAAAUGAGUAAAUUGUUUAUUGUCAGCCGUUUUAUCAGUUAUAAUAAACUAAUUCAAGGCGCACUUGGUUCAAAAUUGUGCAGCAAAACAUUCUGUCUGAGUGCUGCUAAAUAUUCGGAUACGGGUCAAGGCGAUGCACCAAGCGUAUUGGUCGAAAAAGAUGCCAACAUCACAUUGAUUGGUAUCAACAGAGAGCAACAGCGCAAUUCAAUUGAUGCAGCCACCGCGGUGAAGCUAAGCGAGGCUAUCAAUCAAUUUGAGGCGGAUGACACGUCGCCUGUGGGAGUGCUAUACGGCGUGGGCGGCUCUUUCUCAGCCGGCUAUGAUUUGAAAGAAUUGGAAGCGGAGGCGCAACGCGGCAGUCUGAACUUUUUGCUGCGCCAUGAGGGCUCUGUGGGUCCCACCAGGCGGCACCUACGCAAACCCAUUAUAUGCGGCAUCAGCGGUUUCUGUGUGGCCAGCGGCCUAGAACUGGCACUACUCUGCGAUCUUCGAGUCAUGGAAGACACGGCUGUGCUAGGCUUCUUCAAUCGCCGAUUGGGCGUGCCCAUAAGCGAUGGCGGCACCGUGCGUCUGCUUGCUGCAGUGGGCUACUCAAAUGCUGUCGAUAUUAUAGAGACGGGUCGGCGUGUGUACGCCACAGAGGCACUGCGCAUUGGACUAGUCAAUCGAAUUGUGGCCACAGGCACAGCGCUGGGCCAGGCAGUCAACCUGGCAUUUUCGAUAGCCAAGUUUCCAUUGGCCUCGCUGCAGCACGAUCGUAAUGCGACACUGGAUAAUGCCAAUGUCUAUGCGCGUCCAGGUUUUCACUCAGCCGUAAGCAACGAGAUCAUGAAUGUGACUGCGGCCAUGGUAACGGAUAUGCAGGAGGGCGUCAAGCGUUUCAAAACAUCUGAAGCAAAAGGCCCCAAAACGGAUGCCUGGCACAUUAAGCAGAAGUCUCUACCGGAUUGGGAGAGAGCCGAAAUCGAAAUAGAGCAACAGCUAAAGGAGAAGAAAUAACGAAAUUGAAAUAUUCCACAUCUCAAAAGCAUUUAGUGCAAUAGCAUGUAAUAUAUGUAAAUAAGAAUGGGUUUUUAUUCGUUUAUUUUUUGUUGCUGUUGUUUGUUUAUUCACAUAUAAUAUAUUUUUUAAAUUAGUUGCACACAAAUCGUUUACGAUUUGAGUUUUGAGUUUAUUUCAAUAUUCACAACAAUUACAAUAACGAAAUUUCCUUGAAAUUAAGCCUAACUACAAAAAAGAGUAAGAGGAAAAGCACAAAAUUUGUUUCGUGUGUGUGUGUGGUUGUUUGUUUCAUAAUUAGUUUAUAAUAUAUAAAAAAUAUGCUAGUAUUAAGUACUCGUACACACAUUCAAUUUUUUUUUAAUUGUUAGGCCAA